GUGUCCUUUACGCACAGAUCGGUGCCGUGCGUCCUGGCGCAUCCAUCCACAUCCAGAGUUUGCCAGCGGACACCAGGAGAGUAAAUGACCGCCUGGAGCUUUAAUCUCUGAAUGUUUGACCUGGACUCCAGUGUUUUUAGGAUUUAUCUCCCUCUGGCUGUUCGGUAUUAAAUGCUGCGGCUCCUCUCGGUGCCUAUCUAACGGUUCGGUGCGUCGCUGACUCCUGGUUCCGUCAUGUCGGGACAGAAACCGUCGCUGAGGACCGGAGGCUCCCCUCAGAGCCGCUUCCAGGUGGACGUGGUGACCGAAGGAUCCUCCGCAGCUCCCGGAACAACUCCCGCUCCUGCCCCGGGCUCCACCGACGGAUCCCGGCAGCCGGAGGAGUCCAAAGGCCGGUUCCGGGUGGUGGGUUUCAUGGAUCCGGGCGCGCUGGGCAGCGCCAUGGACAUCGGCCUCCCGCCUGAUGUGUCCCACGAACCGGACACGACCAAGAGCGACUCGGUGAGCCUCCACUCCACCGGUACCGGACAGACCCACAUCUCGGACUCCCACUCCAACACCUACUACAUGCGGACCUUCGGACACAACACCAUCGACGCGGUGCCCAACAUCGACUUCUACCGGCAGACGGCUGCGCCUUUCGGGGAGAAGCUGACCAGACCGUCGCUGUCGGAGCUGCACGACGAACUGGAUAAAGAGCCCUUUGAGGAAGGUCUGGCCAAUGGCGAGGAGCCGUCAGCAGCCGAGGAGGCGGCGGCUUUGGCGGCGAAGGAGGCGAAAGGAGGAACGGUCAAGUUUGGUUGGGUCAAAGGAGUCCUGAUCCGCUGCAUGCUGAACAUCUGGGGUGUGAUGCUCUUCAUCAGAAUGUCCUGGAUCGUUGGACAGGCUGGAAUCGGGCUGACCAUUGCGAUCAUCCUGAUGGCCACUCUGGUCACCACCAUCACCGGUCUGUCUACAUCUGCUAUAGCGACCAACGGCUUCGUACGGGGAGGUGGGGCGUACUACCUGAUCUCCAGGAGUCUGGGGCCUGAGUUCGGAGGCUCCAUCGGCCUCAUAUUUGCCUUCGCCAACGCUGUGGCUGUGGCCAUGUACGUUGUAGGCUUCGCUGAGACAGUUGUGGAGUUGCUCAAUGACGUUGACGCCCUGAUGACAGACGAGCUGAACGACAUUCGUAUCGUCGGGACUCUGACCGUCAUCCUGCUGCUGGGAAUCUCUGUAGCUGGGAUGGAGUGGGAAGCCAAGGCUCAGAUUGUCCUCCUGGUGAUCCUGCUGGGAGCCAUCGCCAACUACUUCAUAGGAACCUUCAUGCCAUCAGAAAGCAAAGAGCCCAAAGGAUUCUUCGGAUACCACACUGCCAUCCUGUUGGAGAAUUUUGGUCCAGAUUUCAGGGACGAUGAGACGUUCUUCUCGGUGUUUGCCAUUUUCUUCCCUGCAGCCACUGGAAUCCUGGCUGGAGCAAACAUCUCUGGAGACCUCACUGAUCCUCAGUCGGCGAUCCCUAAAGGCACCCUGCUGGCCAUCCUCAUCACAGGACUCACCUACGUGGCCGUGGCCUUCUCCACAGGUUCCUGUAUUGUCAGAGAUGCGACCGGCGACCACAACGACACCGUUAGCGACACGGUGAACUGCACCGACGCCGCCUGUACGCUGGGCUAUGACUUCUCCAUCUGCAAGGAAGGAGGCUGCCAGUACGGCCUCAUGAACGACUUCCAGGUGAUGAGCUUGGUGUCGGGCUUCGGUCCUCUGAUCACUGCUGGGAUCUUUUCGGCCACUUUGUCCUCGGCUCUGGCCUCGUUGGUCAGCGCUCCCAAAGUCUUCCAGGCGCUCUGUAAGGACAACAUCUACCCAGGUCUGGGUAUGUUCGCUAAGGGUUACGGGAAGAACAACGAGCCUCUCCGUGGCUACGUCCUGACCUUCUGCAUCGGUCUGGCCUUCAUCCUCAUCGCCGAGUUGAACAUCAUCGCUCCCAUCAUCUCCAACUUCUUCCUGGCUUCUUACGCUCUCAUCAACUUCUCCGUCUUCCACGCCUCCAUGGCCAACUCUCCAGGGUGGCGCCCCAGCUUCAAGUACUACAACAUGUGGGUUUCUCUGGCCGGAGCGAUCCUGUGCUGUGUGGUGAUGUUCGUCAUUAACUGGUGGGCGGCUCUGGUCACCCUCCUCAUCGUCCUCGCUCUCUACAUCUACGUCGGCUACAAGAAACCUGAUGUGAACUGGGGUUCGUCCACUCAGGCUUUAAUCUACAACCAGGCUCUGACUCACUGUCUGAACCUCACCGGAGUCGAAGACCACGUUAAAAACUUCAGGCCACAGUGUUUGGUUCUAGCGGGUUAUCCAAACUCUCGUCCUGCUCUGCUGCAUCUAGUUCAUUCUUUCACCAAGAACGUCAGCCUCAUGGUCUGCGGUCACGUCAGGACGGUGACCCGGCGGCCGAACUUUAAGGAGCUGUUUCAGGACCACGCCCGCUGUCAGCGCUGGCUCAAUAAAAAACGAAUCAAAGCCUUUUACGCUCCUGUUCUGGCCGAUAACUUGAGACACGGGACGCAGCUGCUGCUGCAGGCGGUUGGAUUGGGUCGACUGAAGCCCAACACACUGGUCAUGGGUUUCAAGAACAACUGGAGUGAUGGCGACAUGAGAAAUGUGGAGAUUUACAUCAACACUAUACACGAUGCCUUCGAUCUACAGUUUGGAGUUGUGAUCCUCCGACUGCAGGACGGACUGGACAUCUCUCACAUCCAGGGCCAAGACGAGCUGCUGUCUUCUCACGAUAAACCACCAGUCGGCAGUAAAGACGUUCUGAUUUCUGUCAGUCUGGCCAAAGACUCGGAUUCUGACUCCUGUCCUUCAAAAACCACCAGCAACCAGAGCAGCCCGCUCAUCAUUAGAGAGACCAAAUCUCCUCUGAGUCUGACCGACCAGCGUCUGUUGGAGAGCAGCCAGCAGUUUAAGAAGAAACAAGGCAAAGGAACCAUCGACGUCUGGUGGCUGUUUGAUGACGGAGGUCUGACUCUGCUGAUUCCCUACCUGCUGACCAACAGGAGUAAGUGGGGCGACUGCAGGAUCCGAGUUUUCAUCGGCGGAAAGAUCAACCGGAUCGACCACGACCGCCGAGCGAUGGCCACGCUGCUCAGCAGGUUCAGAAUCGACUUCUCUGACAUCAACGUCCUCGGAGACAUCAACACCAAACCCAAGAAACACAAUAAGCUGAGUUUCAAGGAGCUGAUCGAGCCCUACAGGCUGAAGGAGGACGACAUGGAGCAGGAGGCUGCAGAGAGGCUGAAGGCCCAGGAGCCCUGGAGGAUCACCGACAACGAGCUGGAGCUCUACAAGGCCAAGACCAACCGUCAGAUCCGACUGAACGAGCUGCUGAAGGAACACUCCAGCACCGCCAAGCUCAUCGUCAUGAGCAUGCCUCUGGCCAGAAAAGGCACGGUGUCUAGCGCCCUCUACAUGUGCUGGCUGGAAACUCUGUCCAAAGACCUUCCACCGCUGCUGCUAGUCCGAGGAAACCACCAGAGUGUCCUCACCUUCUACUCCUAACGCAAUUAUCUACUCUGUCAACGCACAAAUACACCGUCUGUGUCAGUCUUCAUGUAUAUUUAUCACACAUCUGCAAAACAACAGACAUAUUAUCCUGGUUUAAGUUUGAGAGACUCCUGCUGUGAAGAGAAAGUACAUUUGUGUCGACCCUCAUUAACAAAUUAAUUAACAGUGAACAUAUAAAAUGGAUGAUUGUUUACUGUUAAUAAUAACAACAGGCUGUAUAUUCAUUCUAUGGCUUCUGUGUGUUUUACAUGAAUGAGAGUAACCGCGGUAAAUAAUAAAAUUAUUUGUAAUGAUGUUUUCAGAAUGUGUGUUCAGGUGUCCUAUGAUUAUGCGUUGAUUUUAUUUUUUAAGUGGCAAGACGCUGUAUGUCUGGUAACUUUAUUUUGUACAUUAUUUUAUUAAAGUAUUAACUAAACCACA